AUGAUGGAUUUAUAUGUUUUGACGAAAAACGAUUUUACGCAAGGGCCAUCAGUGGGUCGAAUAACGAAACGAGCGACAACGGGUGCACGUUUCGGAAGAGGUAUGACAAGACGGCAGGGCAGCGCUAUUGGCCGACCGAGGAACGAACCUCGGAAACAGGUGACGAGUGAAGAACUGGACCGGGAAUUGGACGCAUACAUGCGAGUCAUCGGCAUCCACUUCAUCAAGGGCCUAACUGGCACUGGCUUGGCGAAUGGAACGUGGAAGAAUUUGCUGCUAGCUGUAAAAUUUGGAAUUGUGGGUGAGGGAAGGCUGCAAAUUGCUUCAAUAGCCUAUAGACCUCAGCAUCGGUUGAUGAUGUAA